AAAUCCGUCCUCCUCAGUAUGAGAUAGCAUAGCAUUUUGUAUUCGAUUGUUACCUUGGGAUUCUGGGAAGGGUGGUGAGUGAAGGUCGAUGAUUGACGAUGGGACUCUCCGCACAUAGUUGUACGAUGGGACGCUCCGCAUCAAGGACCACCGUAGUAUUACUUCUCUUUCUCUCUCAUUUUUCAUUUACUCCAAUUACCACCGCUAUCAGAAAAGAUAUUGGCUUCCAAUUCAUUCCUUUCUGCAAAAACACCGUUCAAGGCAGAUACCUUCUCUCCGACAACAACGGUUAUGUAUGUAAUGCUCUUUCGGUUGAUUCAAAGUCUCGCUGUUGUCCUCAAACUGGGAAGAAAUUCUCUUGUCAUGGAUGUAAUCUUCUUUCACAGUGUUGUAACUCUUAUGAAUAUUGUGUUUCUUGUUGCCUCAAUCCUUCACUGACAAGUAAGGAACAAGUGCUGAAGAUGAAGAUUGCCAAACCUUCUACUGCAAGGACUUAUGAAAGUGUUUUUGACUACUGUGCUGGGAGAUGUCGUCAUAGUUCUGAGAGUGUGGUUCAUGAAAAUGCUUAUCUCAGUGACUUCCAUCACUGCUUUUCUAUGCCAUCAAAUUCUUCUGGGGCAAAUAGUACUCUCGCAGAAGCAAGGCUGAAUGGCAUCAAUGUCGUUGUUGGGAGGCAAGGUGAAUCGUGUAAUUCAGUUUGCAAAUCAAGAGGACAAUCAUGUGUCCCAAAUAAACUCGUAGUGCUUAAUCAUUGUGACAUUAUACAGAAAUACAUGAGCUGCAAGGGAGCUUGCUUGGCAAGUGUAGGGACAGAUCAACCUGCUGAAGUUGUUUAUGAUGCCCCCAAGUACCUGAAUCCAGGAUCAUGUUUAUACACUGAAACACAAUCUAUACUUUCUUGUGAUGGUUCGCAUCAGCACACAAGGAGACUGUGUCCCUGUGCUUAGUGUUUGCCUGAUUUUGUAGCACUGGAAGGGCGGGUAUCGAAGCGGCAACUCUUGUUUUGAUGGUAUGGAAGAAGGAGGAAACUCGUGCAAAGCAUCAUCAACCUUGAGAAAUUUAAUUUUUAUGUUGUAAAAUUUAGCUCAUUAGCUAUUCCUUUCACAAUUUGGAAAGAACACUACUUCAGGCUGCAUUUGGAAAAUUUAGAGAGAAUGAGAUAGAGAUA